AUGCCUUUUACACCCAUAAGUACGUCACUAGGGGCGUUGUUGCUAUACCAGGGCUCCUACGGGCUUCUUCAAAACAAUGGACGAGUGUUCGGCAUCUCCUCUCUUCUCUCGGGCUGCGUGGGGGGCCCAAACAAGCAAAAUGUGCCUGUGGUACUGGGAAUGAUAUCGAGCAUUGUGCCUGUAUAUCUGCUGGCACCCUCGCUUCUACCGCCAUAUGCGACCCCGCCAGCGACGUUGGAAACGGCACUUGCACUGGCAGGGAUCGGUUUCUUGGUUGGAUGGGGAACAAAGAAUGGCAAUGGAUGCACGUCUGGGCAUAUGCUCUGCGGUGUCUCCCGACUUUCACCGCGGUCUUUUAUCGCAACUGGGAUCUUCUUUAUAACUGCACUAAUUACCGCCAACCUUGGAAUCGGGGCGAAACCGUCACCCUCGCCAGAUGGGAGACCAGCCUACCUACCCGUAUAUCCAUCCACCAAUGAAUUUGCGUUUAUGCUCUCUACCGUUGCCGUUUCCCAGGCGAUCAAUUCAUUUCUGGUCCCAGCUAUCUUACCUCGCUAUGCUAACUCGGGAGUGGUCUACGGUUGCAUUGCCGGGCUUCAAUUCGGCUUAGGACUACUUAUAAGCGGCAUGGCCAACCCCGAAAAGGUCCUUGGAUUCUUUAGCUGGUUCAAUCCUUCCACGUUCGAUCCUUCGCUUGCGCUCGUUAUGGUGUUCGGCGUUGGACCAAGCCUCCUGUCAUAUCUAUAUAUGAAGACUGAGUAUGGCAAUGAAGACGGCUUGAAGCCGCCACUUUUAGCAGACCGGUUUAAUCUACCAACAGCUACCGUAGCAGACAUUGAUUGGAGAUUUGUCUGUGGAUCUGUCGCAUUUGGCGUUGGAUGGGGGUUGAGUGGUGUCUGCCCAGGCCCUGGGCUACUGAGAUCAGCUCUCUCACCGAUUUGGGGAGCAGCAUGGCUGGCUGGCUUCUUGCUGGGAAGCCUUCUUGGUAUAUAA